AUGGAAGAGUUUGUUAUGGAGAAAAAACUGAUUGGUUUUUCUAACAAAGAUGCAACUCAUGUUGCGAAAGGAAAACGCACCAAGAGGUUAAGACUUUUAUCUCCUUGUGGUGUUGUUUCUACUGUAUCUAGUUGUUCAAGUGGUGAAAGCAAUACUGAUGUUGAAGAUGAUGAAGAAGAUAUGGCUAAUUGUUUGAUUCUCCUUGCUCAAGGAGUAAAUCACAAGCAACAUGGUGGUGGUGGUGGUGGUGAAGAUGAGGAUGAUGAUAACAAAAGGGAAAAGGGUAGUAAUGGAAAUAAAAAAAUAGGUGAAAUUGUAACUGCUACUUUGAGUAAAACAAAAGGUGGUUUGUAUGUUUAUGAAUGCAAAACAUGUAAUAGAAGUUUUCCUUCUUUUCAAGCUUUGGGUGGUCAUAGGGCUAGUCACAAAAAGCCUAGACUCAUGGCUGAGGUGAAAAAACCACCGCCAUCGCCGCUGUCACAAUCAUCACAGCCGCAAACUUCAUCACAUGAUUCGCAAUCAGUUAAAUUACUGAUUGCGAAUGCGAAGUGUGAUGAGUUUGAAGUUGUAGCUGAGAAGCCUCGUGGGCCAGCUAUUUCAUUUCAUAUCGGGAAUCAAAUUUCGAAAGGUAUUAACGGAAACAAAGCAAAGAUCCAUGAGUGUUCCAUUUGUGGAUCGGAAUUCACAUCCGGACAAGCAUUGGGUGGACAUAUGAGGAGACAUAGAACAUCAUCGGCGAACACCGCUUCUGUCGCGGUGGUUGAUGGAGGAGUUCCGCCACGGAAUAUUUUACAAUUGGAUCUUAACCUCCCGGCGCCGGAGGAGGAUAUCCGGGAAGCUAAGUUUCAGUUUCCGACACAGAAAUCUAUGGUGAUGUCUGCUGCUCCGGCUUUGGUGGAUUGUCAUUAUUAG